ACCUUUCGUCUGCUUCGCGUUUAAAUUUAUUAUUUUUACAUUAUGACUGAAUUAAAACCACUAGUUACAAUAAAAUGUAAGCAACAAGUCAUACGAGCUGUGCGCUUCAACAUUGACGGCACUUACUGCCUCACUUGCGGCGCGGACAAGAAGAUCAAACUAUGGAACCCACACCGACAGCUCUUGCUUAAAACUUACGGAGGACACGCGAAUGAGGUCCUAGAUGCUGCCGGGAGUUGUGAUAGCAGUCAAAUUAUAUCCUGCAGUGCUGAUAAAUCGGUUAUUCUCUGGGACGUGACGACAGGGCAGCCGCUGAGACGAUACCGCGGGCACGCCAGCUCAGUGACUCGCGUCAAGUACAACGAGGAAUCUACUAUGGCUGUCUCCGGCUCUGUGGACAACACAGUCGCCUUCUGGGAUGUCCUAAGCCGUCGGCAAGAGCCUGUGCAAGUUUUAAAGGAUGCUAAAGACACUAUAACCUCAAUACAAGUGACAGAUUACGAAAUUGUGACCUGUUCCGUAGAUUCCCACGUAAGACGGUAUGAUAUGAGGGUGGGGAAGAUGUUUUCAGACUAUAUUGGACAUAUAAUAACAUAUGGGAGCUUAACUCACGAUGGCCAGUGUUAUAUUCUAAGCUGUGCAGACAGUACCGUUAAGUUAUUUGAUAAGGAUUCCGGAGAGUUGCUUAAUACAUUUACUGGUCACGAGAGUAAAGACUUUUUGCUAGAAAAUGCAGUGAAUGCUAAAGAUAGUCAUAUUAUCUCUGGCUCGGCGACAGGGGAAAUAUUUUUCUGGGAUUUAAUUAGCAGUAAUGUUAGUAGUAAGUUAGUUCAUAGUAAGAAUAAGCCGGUGGUGUCUUUGAGCCACCAUCCUACAGAAGACUACUUGUUAACGGCAUGUGAGGAUGAAAUAAUUUUGUGGGGCGAUGUCCUCCUGCCAUAAAAUGGACUGUAAAAUAAUGCACAAA